AUGUCAUCUGUUCUUGUAUUAGGUUCAACUGGGUCUGUUGGUUUGGCUGUUGCCACAUCAUUUGUAAAGGAAGGGUAUAGAGUAUACGGUGUAACUAGAACUCAAGCCAAAGCUGCCUUGUUAUUCUCUAACCAAAUCACACCAAUUGUUGUAGGUGAUAUUAAAGAAACUGAUAAAUGGACUGGGAUCGCUGAAAAGGUAGAUAUUAUUGUUGAAGCUGUCAAUGAGAUUGCUGACCAAAAGGCACAGUUUGUAGUGUACCAAGCCAUCAAGACUGUUGUUGACAAGAGUGCCAAGAACUCUAAAUUGGUGUUUUACACCUCUGGUGCAUCGGUCUAUGGUGAAGUGUUGGAUGGUGCCAUCACUGAAAACACUCCUUACAAUCCACACCCAUUCCUUGUUGAGCGUGCAGGUCUCCAACGUGACUAUGAAAAGUUAGGUGCCGUUAUUGUCCAACCAUCGUUUGUCACCCCAAGUAUCGUACCCUACUACAAUCAACUGAUCUCUGCUGCCAAGGACGGUGUCAUCACCACAUCAGGUACUGUCAACCAGUACCAUGGAUACGUCCAUCCACAAGAUCUUGCCAACUUUUACGUGUUGGCAGCCAAGAAUGGAACCGAUGCCGUCAGAGGACAAGUCUUUAUCGUCAAUGCCUACAAUGAAAGUGUAUCCGACUUGCUACUCGAGUUUGCCAAGGCUCAAGGUCUCGGUCAGACACUCACCAAGGUUCAAUUUGUCAAGCCUGCAGACCUCCUCUCUGAAUUUGUCGGUAUCUCCCAAAAGGUCUCUUCAGCCAAGGCACACAACGUUCUCGGAUGGUAUCCAAAGCAAUUACCAAUCGUCGAGAAUGCCAAGAUCUAUCUUCAAACUUGGGCCAAUGAAAAGGCCAAGUAUGAUGAUUACAAUCAUGCCUAA